CAUCUCCCCCUCCUCCACCUCCUCCUCCUCCUCCUCCUCUUCUGGGCAGCAGCAGCCGCAGAUCGUGAAGCAGCGCUGCCGCCUCAGGAGCAGCGCCCCCCGGCUCCUGCUCCUGCUCCUCCCGCUCCUCGUCCUCGGUUCUCGGUAGAAACGUCCGCAUGUGCUGUGACUCGCGGAGCCGCUGAUCUUCGGGGUUUUUUUUCUCUCAACCCAUCAGAAUCGAGGCAGAUGCCCGUGGCGGUGUCCGAGCAGCCUGUACUAUGGUGGAGUUUCCAUCCCUCAGCGCGUACUGGCCGCUGAUCCGUUUUCUGGUGCCUCUGGCGAUCACCAACAUCGCCAUCGACCUCGGAGAACAGGCCCUCAACAGAGGCAUAGCCACAGUCAAAGAAGAUGCCAUUGAAAUGCUGGCCAGCUACGGCCUGGCCUACUCCCUGAUGAAGUUCUUCACCGGGCCCAUGAGCGACUUCAAGAAUGUGGGUUUGGUGUUUGUCAACAGCAGGAGGGACCGGAGGAAGGCGGUGUUCUGCAUGGUGGCGGCCGGAGUCAUCGCCUUCAUCCUGCACAUCUUGAUAGCCUACACAGAUCUGGGGUAUUACAUCAUCAAUAAGCUCCACCACGUGGAUGAUUCGGUGGGGAACAAGACCAGGAAGGCCUUCCUUUACCUGGCUGCGUUCCCUCUGCUGGAUGCCAUGGCGUGGAUUCAUGCCGGGAUUCUUCUCAAGCACAAGUACAGCGUGAUCGUAGGCUCCGCCUCCAUCUCUGAUGUGGUGGCCCAGAUUGUGUUCGUGGCCAUCCUCCUCCACAGUAACCUGGAAUGUGUGGAGCCGCUGCUCAUUCCCAUCCUGUCGCUCUACAUGGGCGCCCUGGUCCGUUUUAGCAUCGUGGGUGUGGGCUACUACUGUAACAUUCACGACAACAUCCCAGACUCCAGCGGACUGGACGUGGGAGGUGACGCCACCAUCAAAAAGAUGCUAAACUUCUGGUGGCCCCUCGCCCUCAUCCUGGCCACUCAACGAAUCAGUCGACCAAUCGUCAACCUCUUUGUGUCACGUGACCUGAAGGGAACCGGUGACGCCACGGAGGCCGUGGCUGUGCUCACCGCGACGUACCCUGUGGGUCACAUGCCCUACGGUUGGCUAACUGAACUCCGAGCAGUCUACCCGGCCUUUGACAAAAACAACCCCAGCAACAAGCUGAACAUCGACAGCCCGGUCAACAAGUCCCACAUUAAAAAGUUUACAUCCUGCUGUUUGGCUCUGUCGCUCACACUUUGUUUCGUGGUCUUUUGGAGUCCACACGUGUCGGAGAAGAUCAUGGUCGACAUCAUCGGAGUAGAAUAUGCGUUUGCUGAGCUGUGUAUGGUCCCUCUGAGGAUUUUCUCCUUUUUUCCUCUGCCAGUGACCGUCCGGGCUCAUUUGACUGGGUGGCUCAUGACCCUGAAAAAGACCUUUGUCCUGGCCCCGAGCUCUGUUCUUCGCAUCAUUGUCCUCAUCACCAGUUUAGUUGUGCUGCCUUACAUGGGGGUCCACGGGGCCACGCUGGGGGUGGGAUCCCUCCUGGCUGGUUUCAUAGGAGAGUCAACAAUGGUCGCCAUUGCGGCGUGUUAUGUUUAUCGUCAGCAGAGAAACAACGAGAUGUCCAGCGAGCUGGUGGUGGAGGGCGAGGAUUCUGCCCCCAUGAGCGAGGUCUGCUCCAGGUCUCAAAUGGACGCCAUCGAGGAGCUCCAAGAGGAAGAGGAAGAGGAGCAGGAUUGAUUCGUCGUACGACAAAGGAAGAUGAAGGCGAGUUCCAUGUGGAUCGCUGCUCAGAGGAAGGCUGCAGAGGGUGACGGUGCUAGAGAUCUAAGAGGACCUGUAGAGGCCCUGAUCGGGACGGAAUUCAACCCUUGGUCUGAGUGACCGGGACCUCUUCAUGUAGACGUGCACACCAUGAAAACGCACAGUGUUAAGAAAGCCAUGCACUUCAAAGUGUUCGUCCAUCGCCGUAAAUCCCCGUGUCUUCCGACCUUUCCGUCACGUCUCCAUCACAUAGUUCUGCAUCAUUGUGUUAGCUGGUGUGUGUGUGUGUGUGUGAAACCACUCUCCAUGUGUUCACUGGUUACGAAGGAGAAUAUCCACCAAUAAUGUUCCCUCUGUACCAGUGAGAAUGAAACGUCUGUUUGGGUGUGGGAGUAGCCAGGAUGAGAAGUUCAUGAUUUUAUGUUGUGUUUUUUUUUUUUUUUAAUCAUUAUUAAGUAGCAGAGCCUUGCUUGAAUUCAAAUAUAGACAUCUCGUGGGACUUGUUGGGUUGUGCAAUUGUAUUUUACAAACAUUGGUGUACAGAUAUUUGUCGUUUUAUAUAGGUGAAAUGCAUUGUGUAUAUUUAAUUGCUGAGGGGUCGGGAAUCCCUUGUUAUAUCAUUGCGUGUUACAGUUAUGAUUGUUGACUUUGAUCGCAGUCUGGAAGUUGCAUCUACUAUUGUUUGGCCAAGCGUUUUUUUUUUUCUGCUAGUAUUCAGACUGUCACAUGUACUGUAUAUACUGUACAGGCAUUCUUAUUUGGCAUAUAAAUUGCUUUAUUAUUAAAUAUUUUUGCUUUGGUG